ACGGUGAUAGCAGAUCACAUGACAGCGGAUAGAGGCAGCGAAUCGUCCUCCAUGUGGCUCUGGAAACCCACAGUGUUGUUCGGACUGCUGGGGAGCAGAGGAAUACUGAGAAGUAUGUGUGCUCAGGCUGCAGACUGGCAGAGCGCCAAGUCAAUCUACGAAUUCUCUGCCAAGGAUAUUGAUGAGAAUGAGGUGUCUCUUGAGAAAUACAGGGGGUAUGUGUGCAUCAUUGUAAAUGUUGCCUCUAAAUGAGGAAAGACCAAAGUAAACUACACUCAGCUAGUGGAAAUGCACGCCAAAUAUGCUGAGAGAGGUUUACGCAUCAUGGGCUUUCCAUGCAACCAGUUCGGAGGACAGGAACCAGGGACUGAUGCAGAGAUUAAAGCGUUUGCCAAAGGUUACAACGCUGAGUUUGACCUCUUCAGUAAGAUUGAUGUGAAUGGAGACAACGCUCACCCUCUGUGGAAGUGGAUGAAGGCACAGCCCAAAGGCAAGGGAACAUUUGGAAAUAACAUCAAAUGGAACUUCACAAAGUUUCUGAUCGAUAGAGAAGGACAAGUUGUGAAGAGAUACGGGCCAACAGAUGAUCCCGUCGUGGUGGAGAAGGACCUGCCUUCGUACCUGUAGUGACAACAAUAAUAAUAUUGUCUACUAUGUAUUUAUUUGACUCUUGACCUCUCCCAUGGACUUGAGGGUACUGAUGUGUGUGUCUGGACCAGUGACGGCCUGUCUGUAAACCCAACACUGGGGAGGGCAGGCCUGAUGAUCCGUAGCGUGCAACUAACUCCCAGAACACGCAUACCAGACCCAAAAGACCAUGUGAGAGGACAUUCAUUAGUUUUGCAAAGUAGACACCCUUCACAUCUUACUCCAAACUCAGCCAUUCCUCUUUCUUAUACAAAUACCAUGUAGUCCUUUCUGAAUGUUAAGUGACAAGUUUGUUCAUGUGUCAAUGUCAGUUUUACGUAAGGUCAUAAGAUGCCAUAUUUCACAGAUUUCUGAAAAGCUACUGAUAGUAUUAUUUGCACUUAACUUGCCGAAUGGCCCAUUAUUGUAUCUGUAACUCAUGAUUUAUCAUGUGAUGAAAUUGGAAAAUAAAUGCUGUCCGUGACAUUAGUUUGUCAACUUAAAUGCACUUAUUAAAAGUAUUUUGAGCUAUACUAAUGCUCACCUUCUG